AUGAAAGAAAGACAAAAAGAUGCAAAAGAAAUAAAAGGGAGAAAAAGGAGAAGCAAAAAAGAAGCAAAAAGAAACAAAAAUGGGCCAGAAGAGAGAAAAGGGAGCAGCAAAAGAGCAGCAAAGGAGCAGCAAAAGAGCAGCAAAAGAGCAGCAAAAGAGCAGCAAAAGAGCAGCAAAGGAGCAGCAAAAGAGCAGCAAAGGAGCAGCAAAAGAGCAGCAAAAGAGCAGCAAAGGAGCAGCAAAAGAGCAGCAAAAGAGCAACAAAAGAGCAGCAAAAGAGCAGCAAAGGAGCAGCAAAAGAGCAGCAAAGGAGCAGCAAAAGAGCAGCAAAAGAGCAGCAAAAGAGCAGCAAAAGAGCAGCAAAAGAGCAGCAAAAGAGCAGCAAAGGAGCAGCAAAAGAGCAGCAAAGGAGCAGCAAAAGAGCAGCAAAGGAGCAGCAAAAGAGCAGCAAAAGAGCAGCAAAGGAGCAGCAAAAGAGCAGCAAAGGAGCAGCAAAAGAGCAGCAAAAGAGCAGCAAAAGAGCAGCAAAAGAGCAGCAAAAGAGCAGCAAAAGAGCAGCAAAGGAGCAGCAAAAGAGCAGCAAAAGAGCAGCAAAGGAGCAGCAAAAGAGCAGCAAAAGAGCAGCAAAAGAGCAGAAGAAAGAGUUGCAAAGAGUUUCAAAAAGCCCGAAAAGAGGUUUAA